AUGUUUCCCAGUAGAGUUCUUCUUUCACGGUCGGUCUGGAAAGGCCCCAAUAUCGUUCCUCUCCCCAUUGUCAAACCAGUACCGGGUGUUCGAACAUUACCAAUUAGAACACAAGCAAGAUCUGCGACUAUUCUACCUAAUUUUGUCGGCUUGACCUUUGAAAUUCAUAAUGGGAAGGUUUACAAUGAGGUGACCAUCACUGAAGAUAUGGUGGACAUAAGUUGGGGGAAUUCUCGGCGUAGGUUCUAA